AUGAAAAGACACGAAGACAGCAAGAAAAUAUUUAUGUUGGAAUAUAUAUUUAUUUACAAUUUAAAUUAUUUUCAAGAAAUUAUCUAUCACAGUCUAUUCAAAGCUAUCUAUCUCAGUCUUUUUAGAUCUAUCUAUCUAUCUAGCUAUCUAUCUAUCUAUCUAUCUAUCUAUCUAUCUAUCUAUCUAUCUAUCUCAGUCUUUUUAGAUCUAUCUAUCUAUCUAUCUAUCUAUCUAUCUAUCUAUCUAUCUAUCUAUCUAUCUAAGCCUAUUUACCUAUGUCAGCCAGUUCAUUAUAUCUAUCUAUCUAUCUAUCUAUCUAUCUAUCAAUCUAUUGAUGAAAAGACACGAAGACAGCAAGAAAAAAUUAUCUAUCACAGUCUAUUCAAAGCUAUCUAUCUCAGUCUUUUUAGAUCUAUCUAUCUAUCUAUCUAUCUAUCUAUCUAUCUAUCUAUCUCAUCUAUUAGAUCUAUCUAUCUUUCUAUCUAUCUAUCUAUCUAUCUAUCUAUCUAUCUAUCUAUCUCAGUCUUUUUAGAUCUAUCUAUCUAUCUAUCUAUCUAUCUAUCUAUCUGA